UGUACCUUCAGAGACACUUGACUGUUAGUGCUAGUCGUUGGAAUGAAGCUAAAGAGAUUCCUUUUAUUCACGAGCUUCCUGCUGCUCAGUAUCUGCGCCCUUUAUCCUCGCGAACAAACAUUAAGGAUUUAUGUUUCUCAUUUGCGAAGGAUAGACCGCGUUUGGCUCGAUUCCUGAGACUCCGAUUGCUGCAGCGUUAACGGGGCGGAGCGGGCAUGAGAAGUUUACAACCGGUUCUGCCAUGAGCAAGCAGCUACUGCCAAACAAGAUGCCACCAGAGUUUAGGAACAUGUGUGUCCUCCUACCAAACCGAGACCAGCUCAGCGUGACUGUUGGGGUAAAAGCCACUGGACAAGAACUCUUUGAGCAAGUUUGCAAUGCACUGAAACUUAAAGAUCCUCACUUCUUUGGAAUCAGUGUUGUAAAAAACAAUGAAUAUGUAUUUAUUGACCUGGAGCAGAAACUGUGCAAAUACUUCUUAAAGGAAUGGAAGAAAGAACCCAGCAAAGGAACAGAGAAAUUCAGCCCUCCAUUGGUUGCUUUUUUCAGAGUACAGUACUACGUAGAAAAUGGACGGGUCAUAAGUGACAAGGUAGCCCGCCAUUAUUACUACUGCCAUCUCAGGGAACAAGUGCUGAGGUCUCGGUGUGCCGACAAAGAAGAAGUCUACUUCCUCCUGGCUGCUUAUGGUCUUCAGAUUGACUUGGGGGACUACCGGGAAAACUUCCACAGAGGGAACUAUUUUGUACCCCAGACUUACUUCCCUCAGUGGAUCAUUGCAAAGCGAGGGAGUGAUUAUAUCUUGAAGCAUGCUCCGGAGAUGCAUCAAGAACAGCAAGGUCUCUCCACUCGAGAAGCUAUUCUGAAGUACGUCAAGGAGUCGUGCUUGCUGGAAGACGUGCCUGUCCACUUCUACCGAUUGCAAAAGGAUAAGAAGGAGGAUCGCCCUACCAUCAUUCUGGGUCUGACCCUUAAAGGAAUGCACAUCUAUCAGGAGGUGAACCAUGUGCGCCAGCUGCUCUAUGACUUCCCGUGGUCCCGUAUUGGGAAGCUUGCAUUUCUGGGGAAGAAAUUUGUGAUCCAGCCAGAUGGUUUGCCUUCUGCCCGGAAGUUGGUUUACUAUACAGGCUGCCCCUUCCGGUCUCGGCACUUGCUGCAGCUGCUCAGCAACAGUCACCGGCUGUUUCUUAACAUCCAGCCCAUACUUAAGCAGAUCCAGAUGAUGGAAGAUGCAGAAGAGAAGAAACGAUAUCGGGAAUCCUACAUCAGUGACACAUUUGAGAUGGAUCUCGAUCCAUCAGACAAACAUUCCCACGACAGUGGAAGCAGCAGAGGAAGCGAGAGAAACCACCGUCUGUCUCGCCAGUCAACAGACAGCCACGGCAGUUCACACACAUCUGGCAUCGAGGCCGACUCGAGACACCGGAUGUCGGUGGAAAUGUCUGUGGAUGAGCCCUUUGGGAUGGGCCCGGUUCAUCAGAAGGAGCAGUCCUGCAGCUCAAACAUCAGCUAUGGCAGCUCCGGCCUUGGCAGUGGCAGCAAAGAAAGAGCAGAAGACGUCUCUCAGGAUGAUGAAAUUGAAUUGGGAGUAGACGAACCAGAAGAGGUACCCGUGGAUGACGCUCAACUAAAAGAAGACACACAUGAGGAAUCUGUAGAUGCUGAUACGGAAGAUGAUGUUUGCUGUGAAGACAUGAAUAAGAACCAUCUUUCGGUAGUACAAGUCACUUUAGCAAAGCUCCGAGGCCAAAGUGUGGAAUCCCUUCAUCAGAUUGCACAGCCCAAAGUUAUGAAGUGCCCGGACCAGCACAGCCAAAGUCUGGAUGACAUUCGUCUUCACAAGUGUCUUCAUUCACCACUAAGUGCCACACUGUCUUCUGAUACCUCUCACAGCUACACAUUUGGUUGUGCCUUAGAGGAUAAACUGGCCAGCUACGGAUGUGUGUAUUCGACGGCUGACUGCAAAACCAAGUCAGCCCUCUAUGGAAAGAGGUCCAUGAACUGUCUGUCUCUGGAUCUCUUGGGAGAAGAUCAGCUCCCAGAGGAAUUUGUGGUGUGAUCGUUUUGGAGAAGCUCUUGGACUAUCCCGCUGGAAAGCCUCCAUAUACAAUGGGAUGAUGGGAAAUGGAAGGUGAUCAGCGACUACUAGUCAAGAUGGCUAUAUAUUACCUCCAGUAUCAGAGGCAGUAUGCCUCUUUUGCCUGUUACUAGGGAGCACAAGCAGAAGGGUGCUAUUGGACUCAUGCCCUAAUUGUGGGCUUCCCACAGGCAGCUGUUUUGCUGCUGUGAGAACAAAAUGCUGGAUUAGAUAGGCCUUUGGUCUGCUCCAGCAGGACAUUUACAUCCAUUCAUACACCUACACGCUUCGUUACAUGGGAUACUUCCCUUCCUUUUUCUUGUCCUCUGUGGUUGUUAUCCUAAAAUGGAUCUUCAUUGACUGUCCCCCAGGCUGAAGCUCUGUAACUCCACUGUCAGAGGCAAUAAGAAGGAGAAUAUGCCUAUUGUCAUAUGCAGUUUUCAAGAUACUUGAAUCUUGGCCCAAAGAUUUAUUAUUAUUGACACCUGUCAGGCAUCUUUACAUCAGUAAAAUUAUUGCGGGUGAGGCGCGGACCAUUUUGAGGCUUUGCCUCUCCCCCUUGGUUCUCUCUUGAACCUUUUCAGAGUGGGGGAGAAGAGGGGCGGACUGCCUUGAAAAUUUUAUGUGAGGGAGAAAAAUCUACUAAUGGAGGGGUGGUGACUAGUGGAAAAAGUGGCAGUGGCAACAGACUUCCUAUUCAUGGCCUAGGAGCUGCCAUUUCCCCACCCUGACAUAUUGCCAUUCCAAGGAUGAGGCCAGUAUAUAUGUGUUGAUGGCCACCAAUAGGAGUUCCAUGGCAGCAAAGCUACACUGGGGGAAAAAACCAUCCCCAUUUGCCAAGUAAGUCCCAGUUCUCCCCACCGCCUCCCUCCACCCCUGCCAAAUUAUUAGAAUUUCUCUCUUCCUAGGAAAGAAUUGGCAAAAUGAACUCACAAGUU